AAAACUGAGGUUGAAAUUGAUGACUCUCUUUACAGGUAAGAUAAAGCAAUUGGGUAUUGCCAUGCUUGUUGGGAAAAGGUGUUAACUUUCUGAAAAAUCUGUGGUGUUGUGUCAGUAGGAGAGUGUAAGAGGGUACUUUAGUUUUGUCAACUUAGUUGAUAGCAUAAAUUAGUCACUGUAAAAAGUUUCAAAGCUUUAGUGCUUCAUCAGAGUAAAUGACGAAAGGCUAAUGCUCAAAGCAUCAGCUUUGAAACUCUCUAUGAUGGCCAAUUUAUGUUAUCAACUCAGUUGAUAAUACUGAAAUACCUUAUUGGGAAAAGUAUUGGUUAUUUACCUGAAAGUUUUGAGUGGGUACUGACUUAAAAACAAUGUGUGUGAAUAGUAAACAGUGGGAAGAUGAAAAAAGCUUUAACCCUUUAACUCCCAGAUCAAAUUUGUAAUUCUCCUUACUGUCAAACCAUGCUAUCCUUAUAAUGUUAGUUAAGAUAAUUUAGUAUUGGAUCAACCAAUUAUCCCCAAAUUGAUAUAAUUCUUUAUUCUCGUCACAUAUCUGGUUGGUAUUGUAUUGAUAUUGUAAGGAGAAAUUCUACUUUGGUCACUCAUGGGAGUUAAAGGUUAAUUUGAUAUAAGAAGAAAUGAUAUAGUAGAAGACUGUGUGGCUCAGUAGAUAUUAUGGUGAACCUCUCAUUAAAAAGUUUGGAUUUAAGUUGUCAUGAUGGAUAGGUCAUUUUAUUGUGUUGUUGUAAAAGAUACUCAACACAAUGGGUGACUAGAACUGUUCUGGCAAUUGAAAUGAAUUUCAAGGAGAUAGCUGUAAUAGAGUGGAAGGUGUGGUACCCUUAGAGUUAAUGUGCUGGACUCUGUGUGGAGGGGUCUGGAUUCCAGACCUGGCUAGGUUGUUGUGUUGUGUUCUUGAGCAAAACACUUAACUUUCAGAGUGCCCAGGAAUAUAAAUGGGUAGCAAUGAACCAUCAGUAAACCUGAUGAAAUGCUGGGUGGUAACCUUACAAUCUUCCAGGGGGAAGUAGUAAUACUCUUAGUUGCUUUAUGAUAAGGAAACUGGGAUAAGCUGCAAAUGGGUGCACCACUUGGCUUGAGAACAGACUUAACCAACCUAUUAUAAUAAUAAUAACAAUAAUUAAAAUAAUAAUAAUAAUAAUAAUAAUAAUAACAACAAUAAAAUUUAUAUAGUGCUUAAAACUAUGUAUAUUUUCAAAAGCUCUUUAUAUUACAUUAACCCUUUAAUCCUAACUAGGAGUGAUCAGCAUCUAAUUUCUCCUUAUUAUAUCAUCAAUCCCUGAAUCACACGUUAAGAUCAGAAGAAUGAAGGAAAUGAUCACCAACUAAAAAAAAUCUCUUGAUUGUUUUACAAAUUCUCCUAGAAAGCACCUUAAGAAAUGUAUAGAGAACUGUAUGGAGAAUUUGCAGACUGAUGUUAGGGUGUAAAAGGUUAAGGAUAAGCAUCUCAUCUAGAUGGAGUAACAAUAAUGCUAGUGGCUCCAUGGUAAUGAAAGAUUUAUGUAAAUGUAAGAUAAAAAAAGUUGUCUGUCUGAUUGUUGUUAGUCUUCAGUUGGUUUUAUAACUUGCCUGCACAGAAAAGGUUUUGUCCCACAUUUUUUCCCAGGAAUUAAUAUGUAAUCUAGUAAGUAAUUUGAUAUAUGCCUCUGUCAUUGGCAAUUUUUAAGUUAUGAUUUAUAGUGGACUUUGUUAUUUUUUUGUACAGUCGUCAGCGAUAUAUGCUUGGUGAUGGAGCCAUGAUCAAAAUGGCUCAGUCAAAAGUGCUUCUUAGUGGUCUUGGGGGAUUAGGGAUUGAAAUAGGUAGGACUUCGCAGAUAUUUUUGCAAAUGUUAUGGUUUAAUUAUGAAACAGUUUUAGUAGACAUGAAUGUGAAGUGCAAUGCUCUUUAUUAUGAAAAUGAGAUAAUGCAUAGAAAAUGCUGUAGUUAUUUUUUUGUGGCUUACAUUGUAAUAGAAACAAUUUAUCUAUUAAACCACAAUAAGCAACAACAAUAGUUUCUUUAUUUGUUUGUAAUAUUCAUUAUUUUUCUUUUUUUUUUUUUUUUCUCAGCUAAAAAUGUUGUCCUUGCUGGAAUUAAGGUAAAAGGUUGAUUAUAGGUAACAGUAAAGAGUGAAUCGAAUUACAAGAUGCCAUUGAUUUCAGCUAUAUCUCUCCAAGGGUCUCGGUUUAAAGCCUUUGAGAAAAGGCAAAUUAUAAGUCUUGGUAAAAUGAUUUUUAAAAGAUCAAGUCAAAGAGGAUGUUCUGGGAACUGUUUCGUCACACUUUGAUUAUAUACAAUUUUAUGCAUUGCAGUUCAAAUUUUCCUGUAAUUACUAGUUUGAACAAUUAACUAGUUUGAAAAUUUGCUCUAGAUCAUGGUCUGUGGUAAUUAGGAAGAAACGCGAGACAAAGAAAAAUCAAAAUUGAUUAAGUGGUAUGAAAUAAGAAACCACAAAGUAUCCAUGUAUGACAUUGUUCAAAGUAUGUGUACUUGUACAGAUCUAAGAUGAUAUUUAGAACUCACCUAGUGUCCCAGUAUUUUCAAGUUACUCACUUUAGAAUACUAUGUUUUGUAGUCAAUCACAUUACAUGACACCAAGAUUGUCUCUUAUCAUGAUCUGGGAAACCAAUUUUUCUUGAGAAAGGAGGAUAUUAAGGAGAAGAGAAACAGGUAUUUUUUUGAUUGAUUAAGUUGUAAGUAAACCCACCUCUGUUUGAUAUUGUUACACAUCUUUACCCCUUGUGGGUCCAGGAGACUUGUAAGCGGGUAAUAGGGAGUUUAUGGCAAUCUCUGAGAAAAUUUUGCUUAAAAAUGAAAUUUUGUUUUAAAUUAUAGUAUUUUAGAAGUUGCUCAAAAAGUAUUAAUGGUCUCAAACUGUGCCAGAUCUCCCCAUCAGGAGAGCAUGGAAAUGCAGUGUAGAAAUGUUUUGAAAUAAUAGUCCUUUCAUCAUGGUUUCUAGCCUCACCAGGCCACUUACAUUUAAAAUGUCCUUUUCCCAAAUAACUCUUAUCUGUGGGGAUCACUUAUAAGAGGAGGGAAGGCUUGCAAAUGAACAAUGCUGGGCCACAGCUUCCUACACUUCAAACUGGAACUAAUACCAAACUAAUUGAACCUAGUAGUAGAAUUUGGAAUAAAAUUAACCUUGAAGUAAUUCAUGAAAUUCCUGCUGACUCUCUUAAGUUUCUUUUGUUCUGCAGCUAAAUAUCAUUGUGAGGCUAAUGAACUUGUUCUUUGUUUCCAGAGCAGAGGCCAGUGCCCCGAGGCUAGCUGAGCUGAAUCCUUAUGUGAAUAUUCAAACAUCUACUUCAGCAAUUAGUGAGGGUGACUUUGCAUUCUUAUCACACUUUCAGGUAUUUCAUAAUAUUUAUGAUGGAAUUUUAAUAUUGGUUUAUCUGUAAAUUUAGAUAUUGGUGUAGUGUUCUAAAUGCUCUACGUCCUUACAGGUUAAGUAUUAUAUACAUUUGUGGUACACUUGUUUUCAAGGUUGCAAGCUCAGGUUUUUUCAAAGUCACCAUUUGGUGACCUAAAUUAAAAUAAUGCUAUUUUAAAAUGUUUGUUCUGUUCUGCUGAUGGUCAGUAACAAUUGUGAUUGUGAAGUGAAUGAAAAUUAGGCACUCUGACUCUUGUCUACAUGAACAUACAGUUCAAAAUUCAGCCAAUAAUAUCAUCCUGGAUUAUAGGUAUCAGAAUCUUUAUACCUUGUCAAAUUUUCCUCCACAAAAAUUUGUUUAAUUUGUUUUGAAUUGAUUUCAUUUAAAUUAAAUGAUCCUCCAACAGGGGAUUUGACACUGUCUUGUUACCUGGUGCACGUUAGGUCAGAUUAGGUAACUACCAGCUGAGGUUAAACUUGAGGUUCAGGAUUGAUUUUGGUCUGGUGUGAAUUUCUUUUUUCUACUUUUAGUGUGUGAUUCUCACAGAGGCUCCACUUAGUCUUCAACUUGGAAUAGACAAAUUCUGUAGGUCACAGAAGCCACCAAUUAAGGUAUUAUCCUUUUGACCUCAAAGAGUGAUAAGCCUGUAAUUUCUCCUUACAAUACCACCCCUGAAUCAAAUACUUAGUUCACAAAAAUGGAGGAAACAAUCACUAACUAAAGUAGCACUGGUAAUGAUUGCUAAACAAAUUCUCCUUGUCAGCACCUUAGGAAAUGUAUAGAGAACUGUAUGGAGAAUAUGUAUACUGCUGUUAGGGUGUGAAGAAUUUCAAGAGAUUAUGAAAUGUGUGUGGUUAGUUUAAUUAAUCAUAAACUAAGUAAUCCAAUCACAAGUGAUUUAUAUGAUGUGGUGUUGCAUUGCAUCAUUUCAAUUGCAUUUGAAAUGGAUGAAGGAUAUGCAAUUUCAAUGGAAGUAGUUCUGUUUAAAGUUUCUCUUUUCUUUCCAACAUUGCAACCAAUUACAAACCUUGUAGAGUACUUGAUUUGUCUGACUGUAGAAAUACACCAUAGUAAGUAAGACAGCCAUUUCUUUUCAGUUUAUUAGUGCUGGUGUACAGGGAGUGUUUAGCUGGGCAUUCUGUGACUUUGGACCUGAAUUUGAGGUGGUGGAUUCCACAGGAGAAGAACCAAAAGAAUUUUUCAUUUGGAAUAUUUCUAAGGUGUGUGGAAGACAUAUUAAGCCAUUUACAGAGAAAGAGGUUUUUUUCUUCAUGUCUCGUAUGUGGGACAAAGAAAAAAUUUUGAGUUCUUCCCAUGAGGAAUUGAACCUCAGGCCUUUGGAUUCCUCCCUAUGAUGCUCAAACAUCUUUAGGGAGAUAGGCCAUUUAUGGAAUCACACAAAAACACAUUUACCAUUAAUUUACAUCAAAGGUAAAUUAAAGUUGCUGAAAUGGAGAAUGUAACUUUGUCAAAUUCAUAGCCAAUUUAGCAUAACUAAUAGGUGCAUUAGAAUGAUCAAAAUUUGGCUAAUAUCUUACAAUGUAUAAAUAAAUAUUCUUUAAUCAUAAAAGCAGUCAUUUUUUGUUAUUGAAGUAGAACAAUUUUUUACAUUUGUAAAAGUGUACUGUGUUUACCCAUUUUUUAUUUCACUUUGUUUUGUUUUCUUAAUUUUUGUUUGAUUCAAUCAUGUUUUUGAAAGCACAUCAACUUUGUUGCAGGCAAAUCCUGGUGUGGUGACAACAUUAGAUAAUCGUAUGCAUGGAUUACAAACUGGUGAUAAGGUCUUAUUCAAGGAGAUAGUUGGAAUGACAGUUCUCAAUAGCUCAGAACAUACAGUCAAAGGUAAUCAGAAAUCAAUCUAUUAGAGAUCAAUUCAACAAGUAUUUGCGAGCUUAUUCUUUGUAGAGUAGUUGCUAAUGGUUGAACCAUUAUCAGGGUAUGUGACAAUUGAGUUGCAAGUCUGACAACUCCCCAACCCCUGCAUGUACAUGAACACAUACUCACUUCACCCUUGUUAGUGCUAACCCUAACCCUAACCCUAACCCUAGUCUUUUUCAAUUCAAAACUGAGUUUCAAUUUAUGUGGCUUGAGAGAUAAGAGGUAGUCAUACAGUCGUUAUCUUGAACACAUAUGAGGGCUGUGGAUAGUGUCCAUCUCAUUGUUACUGAUAUUGAUUUUAGUAUUCCUCUUUAGUGGAAUGUCUGUCUUGGUUCAUCCUUCAGACCCCAAGAGUGACCAGCAUCUUAAUUCUCCUUAUAGUAAUCUUGCUAAAUCAUUUAUUAAGAUCAUGGGAAUAAAGGAAAUCAUUGCCAGCCUUUGAAGCUUUGAAUAUUAAACAAAUUCUUCUUGUACCAAUGGAAAUGUAUAGAAAUGACUAUAAUGGAGAAUAUUAAUAUUGAUUUCAGGCUGUAAUGAGUAAGAGAAAGGUAACUGUGAUGGAAAGCUGCAUAAUUAUACAGCUUAUAAAUGGUCAAAGGAUCUCAAGAGUUAAAUAUCAAUCAAAAGAAUUCUAUUAAUAUGAAUUAAAUCCAUCUUUGUGGUAGAAUAUGACACAAUUUACAUACAGUGUACUAAUCAAAUGAUGUUUUGAUCUUCAGUACUGUCUCCAUAUGCAUUCAGCAUCUGUGACACCACUGGACCUGAUUAUGAAGAUUAUCAAUAUGGUGGAAUUGCAAGACAAGUCAAAACUUCCUCAACUUUAAUAGAAUUUGUAAGGAAUCAUGAUUGAAAUCUUUUAAAUUUGUAUCUGUUGAUAAUAUACAUUAGUUUGUAUGUAAUGUUUGUAAUGACUCCAGCCAGUUGUUGAUAAUUCUGAAGUACUUUUCUUGUAUUGAUCUUAAGUCAUCAUAGAAGCCUUUGAAGCUGGAUUAAAUGUUUUGCUGUUGAUAGAGUUUCAAAUUUCUCUUCAGGAGUCCCUCGAAACACAGCUUAGUAAGCCAGAUAUUCUUGCUGCAGAUCUCAGCAAGAUGGAGGUAUGUAAUAAUUAAAUUUCAAAUUUGUUAGUUUAGAAAACUUGGGAACUUUCCUUCACUCUGAUUGGCCGGUUGCAAGGGUUGCUCUGACUGGUUGCACUCACGCAUCAAUGUCAAUAACUGGGAAACUGCACACCUACCCCUCCCCUAACCCAACAUUAACCCUAACUUGCUGUCAGUUGACUGUUAUUGGGUUUGGGGAUGGGUAGGUGCACAGUUGCACAAAUACUGACAUUGAUCCUCAAUCUCAAAGCAAAAAGAAUGCAAAACCAUUGUUAUCCCGGAUUACUUUCGACACAACUGAAAAUUGCUCUAACUGAACUUUACAUUAUAUGUUUUCAGAAAGUUACCCAAGUUAUCUAGAGCCCUUCUUCGCCCUCCUUCCUGAAUUAUUACUACUUAGGCUCUGUGGUCGAAGCGUUUAUUCUAUAAGUUGUCCUUCUGAUCCACAGUUGCAAGCUUUGCAGGUUUAGCUUAUAGUGGAGAUUGCAGCGCGCGCAGCGAAGCCCGAUACCCAUAAUACAUUUAAUGAUGGAACAUGGCGCUCGUAGACUCCCCUCGAUUCUAGGAUGCCAGGUGUUAUGAUUUAUGGGACGAAUGACCAGAUCGAAGUACCUCUACCACUCUGUAGCCAUGUUCCUUUUGUUGUAAUUUUUGUUGUUGUUUUUCUUUUGGGUAGGUUCCGUUACAUCUACAUCAUGGGGUACAUGCCUUACAUUUGUUUCAAGAACAACAAAGAAGAUUGCCCGAAGUUAGGUAAUGUGCGGGGAAAGAGGACAUGAAAAACCUGACCUUAAAAGCGAACAGUAACAUGUAAACGAGCCAAGUUUAAAAGAUGCUUUUUCGAAACGUUAGAUCGAUUGAUUCUAACUUUUUUCACAUCUUUUUGUAAUUUAACCUUGAUGAUUGCAGUAAAUUGUAACAUCAUAAAGAAUGGUCUAAAUGAUCAGCUUCUUUUCUCCUCAUAUCUUUGAUUUUUCAGGAAUAGUGCGGAUGCAAAGAAAUUAUAUGAAAUGGCAAAAUUACUGAACCAGAAAGCAGAUACCAAGGUUAGAGGUCUUGCGUAUUACAGUAUUUGUUUCAAAAUGGGUCAUGAGUUUUAGAGCGGACCGUGAAUCAUACAAAUAAUAACGUUAACUUUGUAAGUUGUAUUUCAGGUGGACAUUCUUGAUGAAAAGCUACUCAAACAGUUAGCUUUCACAUGUCGAGGCUGUUUUUCCCCUUUGACAGCUUCUCUGGGUGGAAUUGUAGGUCAGGAAGUGUUGAAAGCUUUAACUGGAAAGUACACUCCUUUAAAGCAGUGGGUAUGUAAGGAUUUUAUUCCAACGUUAUUUUAAUCCGUUAAACCCUAAGAAAUGACCAGCAUCUUAUUUCUCCUUUCUGUAAUACUGAUAUCUUUCCCCUUUCCUCCACCCUCUUGUCAGGGGAAACCUUUUGGGAACUCUUCUUAAAAAAAAAAAAAAGGUUGUAUUUUCAAGUAACGAAAAGAUCCUCGCAGGUGAGUCAAAAUUAACGAAACUGUUGCUCACUUACGAGGAUCGUUUUUUUCACUUGUAUUUCAUCCGCGGGUCAACCUACACUAUCGCUCUCGUGUACUGCAUCAUUACACGCGCUUGACACGCGUGCAAUUCCAACGCACUAGCGGCGUGAAACACGCACAGUGCGUGUCACUACACGCACCUGUGUGUAUUAAAAAGAGGCAUGUAAACGAGAGUAAAAUGCGUGUAAAUUACACGAAUUUAUUGCACUGUGGAAGUUGCGUUUUGUAACCAUUCAUCUCACCAAAACGUUGAUAAUAUCCUUAUCUGUUUUUAACUUUUACGCAGCUUUAUAUUGAUGCCACUGAAAUGUUAAAGGGACAGGAGACAUUAGACAAAACUUCGUUCAUCCCAAGGUUUGUUUGUCGCUUUUUUGUACGAUGUACAUGUAUAUGUAAACGGAAGGGAAGACGAGGGUGUGUUUGUUUACAUUUAAAUACACUGGAGAAUUCUUGGAAAUUCUCAGCUCAGCAGAGUAUGUCUCUUCUCGCUUCCUAUCGUCGCACUUCGUCUCGUCCGCCUCGCCUCCUCUCGUCCCGUCUCGUUUUUUUCCUUGUGUCCUCGUCUGUUGUUUGUUUUGUCUCUUUGCUUGAAUUUUUCUGUCAUUUAUGUUCAUGUCUAAGAGAGCUCUUGUUAAAAGCAGUUCUCUUAACUUCAUACCUACACAAUCUAAUUAAUUUCUUUGGAAAAAAACAGUCCCAGAUCAAGUUAAUUGUUUUUGUGAUAGUAGGCUCUAAAAAUUGUUUCAACCUUUUAUUCAUCGUGUGUUGUUAUACAUACCUGUUUAACAACACACAACAAUAUUAUCUAACACGAUGUAUACACUACCUUUUUUAGGUAUGAUCGUUAUGAUUCUCUUCGAAUUUGUAUUGGAGAGGAACUGCUGAGUAAACUGUCUAAUCUGAGACUCUUUAUGGUGAGAUAAUCACAACGAAUUUUUAAAGAGAUUAAUUUCAAUUAAAGUUUCUUGUAGCACGACAAGGCCACGCAUACCAUGUUUUGUUUUCCUCUGUAAUCUUAUUUUUCAUCUUUUUGCAGGUUGGAUGUGGUGCUAUAGGGUGUGAACUGCUAAAGAACUUUGCUCUUUUAGGUAUUGGCGGUGGCCGCAAUGGACUGGUACGCGUUUUGUUACUUCUGCGACUUGUCUCAUUAGUUAAUUAAUAUUUAAAUCUCCAAUCAGUGCUCAUGUUACCUUUUUUUUUUCUCUACUUCACAGAUGACCAUCACGGACAACGACCUCAUUGAAAAGUCCAAUUUAAAUCGUCAAUUUUUAUUCCGACCUCAUCACAUACAGGUAAGAUGAGGUGUCGAUCCCAUAUUAAACCUCUUCUUGAAGAGUUUGUCCUGGGGGCGGAGGGGCGCAUUUUUCCCGCGCUUCAGGCGGUGUGCUUGCUAUUUCUUUGCUUCUUGUGAUUUUUCCUUUUGUUCUGUUUGGCCAUUCUGAUUACUUUGAUUUUGGUUUUACGACACUCAGUCAAUCGAAAUGCACUUUUACGGAGCAAGUUAUGGAAAUUCCUCAACACUUAUUUUUAGAAUCGCGAAAAAUCCCCCGAACGCAGUGAACGCUAUCAGGCUUCUUUAAGGCAGGAUGCGAUGUAUGAAAAAAUGAGCCGUCUCAGUGCUGGUUUUGUAAAUCUUCUAACUAUUUGUUUGGAAUAACAUUAUUCCAUUGAUCGUGCAUGGAGUGAGAAUGCCAUAGUAGAAAAUCAAACGUGGUUUGAAAAAAGAUGAUUCUUUAGGUGAUAGCGGGUUGACAUGGAUCACAAAUAUCUUUAAAAAAAUUAAGACAAGAUCUACUUUUUAGUCGUCAAUCUGCUCCUCCCUUCGAUGUUGCGCUUACCAGCUACUAUGUUUUUUCUCCUCGCAGAAACCAAAAUCAGUUACAGCUGCUUCAUCAGUUACUUUAAUAAACCCAGGUAAUAUAACACUACGUUAUAGACUGUGAUGGUUCCUUCUGACAACUUGUAUGCAACCUUGUGAUCAUUAGUCGGUAACGAGAACAAUCUCAUUGCCACUCCCUUCCACUCUGUACCCUAACUGAGAACAUUUGUCAAUGAUUUAAAAUCAAGCCGACUUUUCAAGCGUCAACCCUUCGUUAGAGCGAAGGGCUGCUUCCUGAAACCGACCAGCUAAAAAAACUCUCUACGGCGGCCAAUUUACAUAUCAACUCAGUUAAUGAAACCAAAUCAUUUUGUAAUACCCACCACUGACGCAGCACCACAGUUUCUUCAGAAACUUACUCCCUUUAUUGGUUUAAAGGGGGCACCUCUUUGCGUAUGCUUAAGGUUUAGUUCCUUGUUAUCUCACCUACAAUCUAAUUAUCUCGCUUUCCUUCCAGAUAUUGAUGUCGAUCCUCAUCAACACAAAGGUAACACGUAGGUCUAAAUAGCGACAGUAAUGAAAGUUGUCUUCGGGUUUUGAGUUUAGUUUGUUCAGAGACGGAACAAUAUUGUGUUUUUAUUGUUGCAGUUUGUCCAGAAACGGAAGAAACGCUGUACACUGAUCAGUUCUUUGAGUCUCAGGACCUUGUUGUUAAUGCUUUGGACAAUGUGGAGGCCAGGCGGUACAUGGAUAGGUAAGUUUCACUCAUUCUUGAUUUGUGGUAGCUGAACGAGUUUGUGGAGAAAAAUCUGACUGUAUACCCAUCCUAGGGUUGUCAUUAAAUAAUGUAAUAGAUGUGGUAGUUCCUCGAGGUUGACAAUCUUUCAGCUUUCAGCUAGAUUACAGAAAACUUCAAUGUAUAAAGCGGCAUUUCUCUUUUGCUACAGUCGAUGUGUUAGUACCCAAAGAGCCCUUCUGGAGUCAGGAACAAUGGGACCCAAAGGACAUGUACAGGUGAAGGAUUAAAUCAACGUCUGUUUUCCCAUUUUGCUCUCUAUCGAGGACAUCAAUCAAGUGGGAAAGGCCAAAUGAUUUCAACAAUUAUCGCAAUUUUCUUUUCAGCGUUUUUGUUGAUUCACAAACUACUUAAUUUACCGCCAAAUGUAACUGCGCUUUUGAGCAUUUGUUGCUGAAGUCUUAGUUCGAUGAGUUAAAUGUGUAGCAGCUAGAGGGGAGAAUUGAUAAUCAGAUCGUGGGAGUUUAAGGGUUAAAAAAGCGAUCUUCUCAGGAGGUGGGUGCAUUUUUUUCAACAGGUCAUAGUUCCUCAUCUUACAGAGUCAUAUGCCAGUCAGGUAUGUUGUUGCUUCUCCUAUUUUUAUUGAUAGCUGAGAGUAAAAACGUUUCAGUUACGAACGUCAGUCUCGGCGUUGGUUAAGAAGAAUAACGUAAUAGUUUGGUAGGUUUUAUUGUCAGUGGUUUAUUUCCAUUUCUAUUUAUAGCGUGACCCUCCAGAGGAGGAAGUACCGCACUGUACACUAAAGUCAUUCCCGGCGGUCAUAGAACACACCAUACAGUGGGCCAGAGAUAAGGUAAAGCGAGGAGAUUUUUUCGUGAGUGUGCAUGGAUCGCGCCUAGACAAGCGUGAGUGGUUUAUGCGGAGUGCCUUUAGAGGUAGUUCCUAGCCAUCUGCGCAUGCGUGUUUACGAUACUGCUAUUCGCAAAUGAUUGCGACGUCUCUUUUUAAAUAGUAUGAUUGGUUAUGUUUGGAAUUUCCCGUCAUGUUAACUAAAGUAAUUUCGCGUCACGGUGAGCAGUGAUCGCACUGAGAUUUUUGAUUACACAGUUAGGCAACUUGUAUCCCUGAAAGAUUGAAUUUUGGGGAAAUAGUUAUUGCGAUGCAUUAUAACCAUAAGUUUCUUCGUUUUCGGUAGAAAAUGAAGAUCAAAAUGUAAUGACUGUGUUUAUUUAUAAACUGAGAAGUCAGUCUACCUCGAUUUUUAUUUCAGAAUCAGAAUGCUUUCCGUCUAGCGUUUUUUUUUUCUGUUUUAUUCUUUCAGUUCGAAAACUGUUUUUCUCAAAAGCCUGGGAUGUACAUGACAUUUUGGUGCGCGAAUGAAUCUCCAGAAAAACUAUUGGAAGUAAGUGGUUUCUCUCUCAGCGAAUUUCAUUAACAUCAAAUAUCACAGAAGUAUAACUAAAGUGUCGAAACAAAGGAAAGAAUGUAAGUAAAAAGGAAACAGUUUGGCUGGAAUGGAGUUCGUUUUAGUGUUUAGAGUCAGUUUCUUUUUCUCUAUUAUUAGGCAUCUCGUAAAUAACACUCAAAUUCCCCACGGCAUUUUUGUAAAGUGAUGAAUUAAUCGCGUAGAUCUGUAGAGUUCUGAUUGCGUUGUUCCUUUCCGGUAGCGUAGUAUUGGUACUUCGAAAAUACUCCUUGAUACGCAAAUUCUUACAUUUUUCAAGGCGAGUCCAAGAAAAAACAAAUCAACAAAUUAGUUAAUGAAUGAAUAGAUGUGCAGAAAAAUAAACGAGGAUGGACUGAAAAGCACGAACUUGAAAAGUGUGGUCUUAAUUAUUCAAGAUGGGAAAAUCGGCUUUCAGCUACUUUUUGAGAUGAAACAAGAGUGGAGAUGAGAAUUAAUAGUUUGUUUUUUACUGAACGAGGUAAGUUAUGUGUUGUUUUUGUUUCUUCCAUAGAUUCUUCAAUCUGGAGACGAACCUGAAAGUGUUUACCGAGUUAUAAAAAUGUUAAAACAGCGACCUGCCAAUUGGGCGGAAUGUGUUGCCCGUAGUAGAAUAGAAUUUGAGAAAUACUACAAUCACAAGGCAAGUGUGUUCUAAUAAUCUGAUAAUGGCGCAACUUUUGCCCAGUGGCGGGAAACCAACUACCGCCGUUGCAAUCGGCCAAGAAAAAGGCGGGAACAAUUAAGGGUGCGUAAUUGGUGAAAAAAUGGCGGAAAUUUUUGUUAUUCGUCUGGCUUCAUGCCCCUAAUGAAAGAAAGCGCAAUUGCCCAGCAAAGAGUCUUCAGAUACUUAAUCAUUUUGUGUUCCUGCUUAACUAACCACUCGUGUGGCAGAUGUUUUGAUCACGAUAACGCACUCAGCCUUGUGGUAUCACAGCGAUUUGAUGGCGUUUCCACUUCUCAAAAAUCAUUUUACUUAUUUAUUUAUAUAUUAUCUAUUUGUCAGGCCAAACAAUUACUCCAUGCAUUUCCACUAGACACGAGAGUCAAAGAUGGUUGUAAGUUAAAAUUAUGCCUCAUUACGUUUAAUAACUGUUAGUCAGUUUUGUAAGAGUAAAAUGUUUAUUUUCGCUCUCAGCGCUUUUCUGGCAGAGCCCAAAGAGACCGCCAAUCCCGCAACAGUUCGACACCACGAAUGAAUUGUGAGUCAUUUAUCAAACUGAUUUUGUCUUUGUUUCCAUUACUUGAUGUUCAAUCGUUAGUGACUGCUUUUCUCGGUGUGGUGAGCAUCUUUGUGACCUGAGGCCCGUUUCCCGAAAGUUCCAUACCUUUACCGGCCCUAAGAAAUGUUUUUAAAUCUUACUCUAAGGAAAAUUUCAUGAGGUUUGUGGGUCAAGAUCCAGUUUCUGUUUCGUUUCGUGGCAUUUUACUGUUUGUUUCUCAAGACUCUAAAAAUAUCUACCUUGAAUAAAACACGGCAAAAAAAUAUAGGUAUAAAUCAGGUUUUCGUUCGCGCAUAGUUUGAUAGGUCUUUCGAGAAACAGACCCCAGGAAACAUGCAAUAACGGUGUGAUUUAGUUUUGGGACAAAAGGUAUGAUUUUGUUCCAUGCUGCCGUCAAUUAUAAUCAUAACUGACAUCUUAUGGCAGAAAUAAACAAUUGGAUCAAAAUAAUUUAAUCAAUACUUGAACGCUUUACAAUAGCGCAGUGUUUCACGGCAGGUUCCAAAUACGAUCGACGCAUUUCCAAUUCCACAGUUCUCGUUUCAUCGAAAAACGUGGAAAUUUUGUUUUCUGUUUUCUGAUUGUUCAUAUUUCUCCAGACACAUGCUUUUUGUACGAAGUAGCAGUAAGCUACAUGCAGACACCUGCGGUAUCAAGUACACCACAGAGGUAAUUCGUUUUUUCGUCCAUUCAUUGUAAUAUUGAAUAACUAUUUACCGAGGUGAAGGUGGCUUGUGGUAAAUAUCCAUCAUACCACCGACACUAGGAUGAAAAAUUGUUUUAGUUUAUACAAAAACAUUUAGAUAAUAUAGCACAAAAAGGUGAAUGAGUUCAUUUCAUCUAUCCUCCAAUGAUUUCAAUAUUUUGGGCGCAAAUUCCGUGCGUUGCUCAGAGAUGAAUAGCAAAGGAUAUACGGAGCUUGAGUAGCCAAUCAAAGCUAUCCGCUGUUUUAGUAUAUACUGACUUGUAUCUGCCAGGCACUACGCGGUGCACAUAUUAAGUAACAACUGCUAAUUGUGGUCCUACAUAAACAAAUCCUCACAACGACCUGUUGCAAGCACGUUAACAGAUUCAAGUCUCCUCAGUAUUCUGUUUCUUUUUACCACAGGAUUUAGGUGAUACACGUAUUAUUGAAGUACUCCGCGAUGUCAAAGUUCCAGAGUUUAGGCCAAGUUCAAAGGUCAGGCGAUUAUUGUCAUCAUUCUUACUCUCCAUCGUGUCUUCUUUCUUAGUAUAGCAGCAGAGCGGGCCUGGGCUGACCAUUGUUUUGCUCUGUUGGAUUAAUGAUUAUUUCCAAAUUUUUAUGUCUUAGGAAAUUGAAACAGACGAAACGGCAUCGAAGUCAGCCGAGUCUUCUAAUGUGUCCUCUAGUGACUUGAAUGAAUUAAUAUCACAUAUCAGAGAGAUAAUGGCAAAGGGAAUUAAGUCAAGCAAAGGUAGGAUAUGUUAUACCGAACACCUUACUCAGGCCAAUACGUCGUUUGGUUUUAUGUCUGAAGUUCCAGUAGUCAUAGUAUCUGAUUUAUGUACUGGAGGUAACUUUGCCGAGUGAGGAGGAAACGAAAAUCAUGUUCCACCUCUUUUUAUCUGCCCUUUUGUUUUGCUUUUUGGUUGUUGUUGUUUUAAAGGUCGAUAAUUUGAUCAAGCUUAAGAGGCGUUAAUUUCCUAUGUAGGCCGUAACUCAUAAGAGCACUGAUGAAGUUAUGAUUAGAUCACCAUCGAUCACUGACGGCUAUGUAGGGUCUACUAAUAGUCAAUCCUGUGUCGCGGAUUUUACUCAGGAGGGCGUCCAUUUUCUCUCCACCAAAACACUCAACCAGCUCACGAGAUGCGAGUUACAUUCCUGGAAGACUAGAUAACCUAUGGAUGGUCUGAAAAUAAAUUGAGCAAGCUUGAUCCGCUAAAUCGCUAAAAAUAUGGUGCUUAAAGUUGUGUAUUUCACUAUACGUCUUAUUUGUUGUUGUUGUUGCCCUUUUCGUUGGACUUUAUUUCUAACAUAUCAUUCCCAGCGUUAAUUUGUCAUCAUUAUGUAUCAUUUUUGCUCAGAUGUGCUGGCAAUGUUUCCCCAAGAAUUUGAAAAAGACGAUGAUUCGAACGGUCACAUCGACUUCAUCACCUCAGCUUCGGUGAGUUCGUUUUAACUAUUUUAAUUGACACGUACAACCCAUUCAUUGUGACUGGUUUUUUACCUAAACUUACUGUAAAUUUAGAGAUCUCAGACUCCAACUGAACGAUGUGUAGACAAUAGCUAUGUAAAGUUCGAGAGAUGCAUUUUUUUUUAUGAUUGUGUCUCUUGGUUUGGUGAUGACUAAGAAUCUUCUCUAUUGCUUAUGUUGCAGAACCUUCGCGCUACCAUGUAUAGUAUAGAAACUGCUGACAGGUUGAAAACCAAGAAAAUUGCUGGUAAAAUAGUACCUGCCAUUGCUACCACUACUGCUGCUGUAGCUGGCUUGGUAAGUUUCAAAGCAGUGUAAGGAAAACAGAAGUGUUGCGUUAGCUGUAGAUACGUAAUGAUUAUUGUCGACGUUAUAGGGGACUUAAAGAUACUUUUAAUUCGGUUUCAGGUCACUAUCGAGCUUGUUAAGGUUGUUAUGAAGAGUCCCGCCGAAGACUUCAAAAACUGCUUCAUGAACCUUGCACUUCCUUAUGUCAUUUUCUCGCAACCAGGCCCCCCAGAGGUCACGGUCAUCAGGUGUGUUGUCUAAAGGAGCUAUAGUACUUUGAUUCUUUUAUAUAGUAUUUAUCAUUUUAUUUGUCUCUUUAAGGAUCAGUUAUGGAUUAAGUGUGUAGGUAUGAGAAUAAAAAGAAGGCUUGUCUUCAAAAUAAGUUCCUAUUUAUUAAACAAAUUAUCCUUAUAAGUACUAUUGGAAAUGUCUGUAGAGUGAGCAAACUGAUGUUGAGGUGUUAAGGGUUUAAUUAAAUUGAAGUACGCGAUAACAAAUGCUGAAGUAGAAAAUAACCCGAAAAGUUUAAAAAAAAACAAGAACAACCGGAAGGAGCAAGGAUGGUUCAAGAUAAAUGAUAUUAACAAGGAGUGCACAUUACGAUCUGGAAAAAAAAUAAGGCUCAAGUUUCCCAGACGUGCCAACGAUAACGUUCUAAUGUAAUUCCUUUAGGAAUGUUGUUUUAAGACUAUAAUUCUUCCUCAUUGGGCUUCUUUGUGAGGUGUUUAGACGAGCAUCAUUUGCCAGAUUUACAUCGCUUUUCUGAUACAUUUUUUUUUGUUUUGUUUUGUUUUAAAGGGAAGGCCUGUCGUUUUCAAACUGGGACAAAUGGGUGGUCCAAGGAACACAAGAAUUUAAACUAAAAAACUUUGUGACAUAUUUCAAGGUAAGCGGCGUGGUAAGUUACGAACAAAGGCGGGAACUUACAGUCUUAUGGAUAGAACAAUUUUCAAUUGAUUGUCGAUCGUAAUCCGGGACUGCUUUGGUUUUCCUGUACUUCGUUCGGUGAUUGGUCCAGAAACUCGCACCACUUUCUCAACCAAUCAGAUUCAAACCUAAAACCAACCGCGACUUAGUCACCCGCGUUUUCCCGCGCUUUAGAAGUUUGCUUGUUUUUACUUCGAGUUCUCAUUGGCUCCUCGUGAUAUUUUGUUUUCUCUGAUUGGCUGGUAUGAUUGCUUUGGUUCUGGUUUUACGACACUCAAUCGAAAAGCUCUCUAAUGCACUCGCGUCUUACUAGCAUUUUGGAUACAUGCAAAGUUGUCUUGUGUUUUUGAUUCAUCCCUUUUACUUCACAAAGAGGGGUGUGAAAGGCACGCUGGAACCUCCAUUGCCCACGUCUCUUCGGAAUUUUCUCGGUAGGACUGCAAAGUGUCAAAGUGGCUUGGGAUUAAAGCGUUAUCCGUGUUUCUAGUGUAUUGCCGAGAUACCCUAAGAAAUGUAAUAGCAUCCUUAUAAAGCUCUGUCUGUAAUUUUCUUCUCUUUAGGAUAAAUAUGGAUUUGUUGUAUCCAUUGUUGUACACGGCGUUAAGAUUAUAUACGUCCCAAUGUUACCUGGACACUCUAAACGAUUAGAACAGAAGUAAGUAUAGUGUAAGUAACGACAUGAUUUCGAGUGCAAUUUAAUGUUAAUAACCACGAGUAAUUUUUUCAAAGACGACGAAAUUGUACAACCCCGAUAAACGCUGAGUGGUCCCUAACAGUGGAAAAAAAUAUUCUUCAAACAACGUGGUUACAGGGAAAUCUUGAAAUGUUUUAAUGGCCUACUGAAAACCGCGGCCUAAAAAGGAUUUCCAUCAAAUAGAGGUUCCCGUGUGUCUUCAAAUUUCCAGUUUAUGGACCCUAAUUGAUUAUUCCUUUUCGCUUUUUGUUGUCAACUUUCGUAAUGCGUCUUUCCUAAACAGAAUGACCAAAUUGAUUAAGGCACCUAACAAAGCCUACGUGGACCUCACCGUGUCGUUUGAGGGUGACGGCGAUGAUGAUCUACCCGGGCCCCCUGUGAGGUACUAUUUUGGUUCCUAAAAGAGGGGCCUUAAAAUUACAACAUUGGAAACUUGAUACAAUAAUCCUGGAGCGGCUUCAAUGUAAAGUCCACUACUCAAUUCGUCAUAAUAUAUUCCAAAUGAUAUCACUAAUUUUAAAUGUUUAAUAGUAGGAAAGGAAACACUCGCGUCAGGAUUUGAAUUUGUACCUCAUUCGGUUGAUAUUCAAAUUUGUGGACUGGUCUAGUAGCAUUAUAUUUUAUUAAAAGUUGUAAGAUUAAUUAGAAUUUGAAGAAUUUAGGUUUUAUUUACCUCCAUGUUGCUGACAGGUAGAUGAGAGAUUUGUACUUAUAAAUUCAAAACAUUUUGCCCAUUUCACCCUGAAAUCAUGUAUUGUAUCUUUGUGGUAUUGCGUGAUUGUUUCAAUCAACCUGUCUCCACUGUUACAAGAUAAUCUGGUUUCAUCAACUGAGUUGAUAAUAUAAUUUAGCCAGCGUGAAGAGUUUCCAAGUGGAAAGUUCCAGCGUUAGCCUUUCGUCAGAGCAACGACUAAGGGCUACC